ACACAAAUUAAGCCUAUAUUGCAAGUGUCACAAACACACUGGAGGAGAAAUGAUCUAUUGUGACACUUGCCUCAACUGGUUUCAUUUUUCCUGCAUGAAGCAAAAUCUAACUGCCAGCGAUAUUGCAAGGCUUGCACUCAAGGAAAGUUAUAAGUGCCCAUACUGCUGUAAAAAAACUGAGAUCAAGAAUAAUCUCCUAGGAUCAAGGACAAUCACCUAUUAUACAAAACAAUCACCAAGGAUGAAGAACAAUUACCUACAUGUAGGAUCUAGAACAAUCACCUUAGCUUCAAAACAAU